AUGAAACGGGCAAAGCAUCCAUCAACCAUUAGUAAGAAAUUGACAAGUAUUCCAGAAUUGCCUUAUAAGAAAGGACUACUGAAUUCAUCACCUAAGCCAAAAGAAAAACAAAAUGCCAAGUCGACACCUGAUAAUAUUGAACCAAUGGUCCUGAGGUCUCCACCCACUGGAGAGUCAAUUGUAAGAUAUGCCUUGCCAAUACCAUCAGUUAUGAUGAAAGACUUAGUAUCUGAUGCUGAUAAGGUCAGGAUGGUUACCAAAAACCUGAAAAUGGUUGUUUCUAAAUUGGAAAACACCUAUGGAGGUCCCACUGAAGACAGAGAAAGAGAUGAAGGAGGCUUAUCUGUUGGUGAUGAUAUGAAUUCAUUCUUGUUGUGCUGUUCACAAUUUGCAGCUCAGCUGGAGGAAGCAGUUAAGGAAGAACGUGUCAUUUUAGAGUCUCUUUACAAGUGGUUUCAGUACCAAGUCAACCAAAUGGAGGAGAUAAGUAAAGACCAAAGUACUUUACACAGAGAUAUGCCAUCAGAUGAUAAAUUCGUCCAUGUAGGCAUUACACAAAUUACAAAGAUCAUACGUAAAUUUGAAGAUAUUAGAGGUCGUCUAAAAGAGCGUAAGGUGUCCCUGGAGUCUAAACAAACGGAUAAAAUGAUUCUCUCAGAAUCAAUGAAAAGUUAUGGACUUAUAGAAAGGCAAAUUGAAGAGUUCCUAAAAUCCCAUUCAGCUUUAGAACCUAAAACUGAACCGGAGUCAGCAAUAGGAACUCCUGCUUCAGUGACUACUCGGAUGACUAUGAUGAUGAAAAUAUUUGAAAAUCAGACAACAAUGUUAGAAAAGGCUUUAAAUGAUCAGAGAAUAAUUGAAUCUAAAUAUAAAGCGAUGGAAACUGAUUAUAAAAAUUUAUUAUCAGAGAAAACCCUGCUGGAAGGUGAAAUACAAAGGCUGAGAGAACUAGAGAGACCAAAGUCUGCAGGCAAAGAAGAGCGAACUAAGAAGUCUGGAAAAUCAGAAAAGAAAAAAGAUUCAGAAAGGUGA